AACUACUAGUUCAAAACAUCUAUCGUAUCCUUGUAUGACUGUAUUUUGUAUGCCCUUGUCAUCAUAUAACUGGAGACAGUAAGUUCUGAUUUUUAUAUACAUUGACGAACUUGAAGUUUCGUUGCGAAAAGGAGAGGCAACGCCGGCCACCGACGACGGCGGCAAGAUGAUGCUGGUGAGGCGGUGGGUGGCCGCCAACCUUGGCUCGUCGGCGUGGCUCCUCCUGGCGCCGGCGGCCCCGCUGGCCGCGGCGUGGCUGCCGCACCGGGGCCCCAAGAUGCUCCUGGACUUCCACCUCCGGCCGCUCAUCCGGCGGCUGCUCCCGUUCCUGGACCCGUACGUGACCAUCGACAUCUCCGGCAAGCCCGACUACUCCAUGGACCGGAUCAAGUCCAGCGACGCCUACGAGGAGGUGAAGGCGUACCUGAGCCCCGCGUGCGCGCGCGACGCGCUCGAGCUCGACGCCGACGGCGCCCCCGAGGGCGACGGCUUCGUGCUCAGCCCCCGCGAGGGGCAGGAGGUGUCCGACGAGUUCAAGGGCGCCACCGUGAGGUGGGCGUCGGUGCGACACGGCAGCGGCAGCCAGAGCCGCUGCCUCCGCCUCACGUUCCACUGGCGCCACCGGGACCUCGUCGUCGGCGAGUACCUGCCGCACGUCCGCCGGCGCGGCCGCGACGCCAUGUUCGGGAACCGCCGCCGGAGGCUCUACACCAACAAGAAGAACAUCGAUUAUUCUAGCAAGGUGUGGAGCUACAUUGACUUCGAGCACCCGACGACCUUCGACACCCUCGCCAUGCACCCGGAGAAGAAGCGCAAGAUCAUGGACGACCUCGACGACUUCCGCAGCAGCAGGGAGUACUACCGGCGCAUCGGGAAGGCGUGGAAGAGAGGGUACCUCCUCUACGGGCCGCCUGGCACCGGCAAGUCCAGCAUGAUCGCCGCCAUGUCCAACUACCUCAACUACGACAUCUACGACAUCGAGCUCACCAUGGUGCCAACCAACAACGAUCUCCGGAAGCUCUUCAUCGAGACCAAGGGGAAGUCCAUCAUCGUCAUCGAGGACAUCGACUGCUCCCUCGACCUCACCGGCCACCGCAGCGGCGGCAGCAGCGCCGCCGCCGGUGCGGCCAACCCCCUGGCGCAGCUCGCCAGCGCGAAGCGCAAGAGAACCAGCGAGAUGACGCUGUCGGGCCUGCUCAACUUCAUCGACGGCAUCUGGUCGGCGCACAGCGGCGAACGCAUCAUCGUGUUCACCACCAACCACGCCGAGCGGCUGGACCCGGCGCUGGUUCGGCGCGGGCGCAUGGACAUGCGCGUCGAGAUGUCCUACUGCUGCUUCGAGGCCUUCCAGACCCUCGCCAAGAACUACCUCGGCGUGGACGCGCACCCGCUGUUCGGCGCCGUCGAGGAGCUGCUGCGGGCGGUGGAGAUCACUCCGGCCGACGUCGCCGAGUGCCUGAUGAUGUCCAGGCGCACCGAACGCGGCGCCGACGUCUGCCUCCGGCGCCUGAUCGAUGAACUCAAGAAGAGGGCCCAGGAGAAGGAGGAGAUCGACAUGAAAAGGGCUGAGAAGGAAGCGGCUGCUUCUGCAGCUGCAGGUGCUGAUGCGAAGGAGGCAAAAGGCGGUGGGGAAGACAUGGUCAAAGGACGGAGGAUGGUUGACCCGAGAACCAUCCGCAGGCUCAGGAAGGCGACCGAGGAAGGAGACGACAAGGUGGCGACGAAGCCAAAUGGCAACGACGCCAUGGCUGCUGAUGCCGGAGCUAUCGAGCUCAGUGAUGAUGAUAGCUCCAGCGAUCACGGUGACAAGGCGAAACUGGACGUGGAUGCACAGGCAGAGGCAGUGGGAGAUGGUGCGGAAGUCAAUGGAGAUCCUAGUGAUGCAGGGGACGAUGACAUGGACGACUAUGACGACGACAUGGAUGACUCCGACGACGACGACGACCUGGACGACUACGACGACGAGGAGGACGAUUAUGAUGAAGAUGAGGCUAUAUUUGAUGACUAAUAAUAUCGAGCGAUUGAUGAUAUCAAUCUCUGAGAAAGUUGUUUUUUUCUCACGAUUGCUCUC